CCGGUAAUGAACCCUCUGGCUGACCCCACAAACAUGUGGGGAGAGUCCCCAGAUUCUCCAACUGUCCACCAUCUCCAACGUCAUUUUGGGGUGAAUUGAGGCCUGUGAAUGGCUCGCAAAAGCCUUGAUCUGAUGCGGGGAACACGGAGCCGGCAUCCAAGUCUGGUCAGAAUGGCUGGCAACUCUCACGAUGUUGGAAACCCCGCAUGCGAUGUUGCAUGUGUCUAGUCGAAUGAAGCGAAGAUCCUGCACUAGCGAGGGUACAGAAUUAUCAAUAAAGAUCGCUGGUUCCCCCGGACGACAUGGCAUUGCGAUCCGAGUGAUCUCUGUGUCUACGCCAUUGGAUAUUCGAGGUGACCAGUCAAGAUGAAGUCAUUCGCUCAAACGGCGCUCCUAGCGUCUGUAGCCUCAUGCGUUUCUGCAUCGUUGCUGCCAAUCGCUCCUGUUCUACCUGGCCGCCAUGAACCAAGAUGGCAGACGCAUGUCAUGCCUCGAGCCGAUAAUACAUCCACGAACGCAUGGCCCUAUGGCCCCUUCAAUACCCAAGGGCGUGACAUCGUGAACAGCAAAGGCGAGGCCGUUACCUGGGCUGGUGUAAAUUGGCCCAUGAGCGGGGAGACGAUGAUUCCGGAAGGCCUCGAGUGGAAAUCUGCCGAGGACAUUUUGGAAGACAUCAAGAGUGUUGGGUGGAACUUUGUUCGCAUGGGCUAUGCGAUUGAGAUGGUCGACGACAUAUACCUGAGAGAUGGUGAAGAUGUACCGCUCGAAGUUUCCCUGAUCCUAGCACUCGGGUACGAAAACGGAACAAGGGCGACCAAGAACAUUGUAGCCAACAACCCCAGCUGGACACCUCAGACCGGAAGAUUCGAGAUCUGGUCAGAUAUUGCGAAGAUUGCUUUGGAAAAGGGCAUCUUCAUCCACCCUGACGUGCACAUUGGCAAGGCCAUGUGGUGCUGCUCGCACUACGAUGGCGGCGCCUGGUUUGACGACUACAACUUCAAAGUGACCAACUGGAAGCGUGGACUUUCCUACGUCGCCGACUGGGCCAAAGACCACCCGAACGUCGUCUCGAUGUCUCUGCGUAAUGAGCUGCGCGCAUCGUGGAAUGUUACGGACCUUUACUACAAUUGGAACACCUUGGUCGGCAACAUGAGCGCAGCCGCAGGUGCUAUCCAUGAGACUAACCCCGACAUCUUGAUCACCUGGUCCGGCAUGCAAUUCGACGAGGAUUUGUCUGCUCUCACCACCAAGAAGAACAUCCUCACUGCACCUUGCUACCAAUGCGAUGCCGUUCGCGAUGCUCUACGUCGCGAGCCCGUCUACUUCGAUCUUGACAGCUACCCGUUUGCUGAUAAGAUCGUCUGGGAAUUGCACUUGUACCCAAUGUCCAACGACCUUGAUACCGGCGACUGCGCUAUCGUUGAGGCCGGCCUCUAUCGAAACGGAUUCAACGCCCUUGGAAUUGAUCCCCCUCCGGCGUGCAACAUCACGAACGACUGCCCACCGGCUCAGCGUCUUACUCCAGUGAUCUUCUCCGAGUUCGGACACGCUCAAGAUUCUACAUUAUACAACGACACCCUGCAGAACUGUAUGCAGGAGUACACCAAGAAACAUAGCGUGAGCUGGAUGAUGUGGGCCUACGCUGGUAGCUACCGGAUCAGAAGUGGUGCGCAGGGGGUUGGCGACACCUGGGGUUUGACCAGCUUCGACUUCAGCGGUUGGAGGGACCCUGACACCAUCGAAAACUAUUGGAAGCCAUGGGUUGCGGCCAUGAAUGUUACCACCAUCUCCUAAUUACGAGUAGCUAAACACUGAUCUAGCAUAAUCAUAAUCAAAACAUUGAUAGUUACGCCAAGUGACCAUCGACCGUUCCCUUUUCAGGACGUCAUAAUCCCGCGAUAGAUAGCCCUACAGAUAUAUGUAUCACAGCCGCGUACCGCUCAAGGUGUCGAG